AUGAAUUCUACACCUCUCAAAUCCCUUGAUACUGUGACUUCCAGCCUGUUAUUAGAAAACGCAGCGCAUAUAGCAGAUCUGAUUCAAAGCUGGAAAGCUGCCGGAAUAUAUAAGUACGAUGUGCCGCAAACUCAGGAAAAGAUCGAGGUUGGUGUUCGCACGAAGGACCACUUGAACAAUGACUUUUGGGUCGCCAGAUUGAACACAUUCGAAGAACUCUCUCCAGACGGGCGUAAACGUUUGUGGGAGCAAUUAUUCAAGUACAGCAUUGGCUCGACCAAGGACUUACAAGACUGUCAUACGGUUCAUGAACAGCACUAUAUUGAAGAGUUGUAUGACUUCGAUAUUUCUGCAUACACAUUGGAGGAUACACCAGAGGGAUACGAAUCCUUCUCUUAUUUAGUCGAGACGUUUUAUAAGUUGCAGUGGCCAUUGAAAAGACGCAGGUUCAGCAAUUUAGUGCAUAUUUUGAAAAGCACCGAUGAACGCACAGCUUUUGUUAUAAGUAUUGCCGUUGAUCCAUCAUUGAUCCCAAACGCUACAAAAGAUGCCACCUUGAUUGACGCACAGUAUACUUCAGUGGAAAGACUUGAGUAUGAUGGUACAAAUCUUCUGUGGCUUAUGACAACUUGUUCGGAUGCCAAAGGCAAUGUGCCUCAAUGGCUCGCAAGGUCGUCUAUAAACUCAGUUGUUGCCAAGGAUGUGCCCAACUUCUUGAAGUGGGUGGGUAAGACCCCGUGA